UUGUCAGGCGUCGAUUGGUUGUGGACCGAGGCAGCGAUAGCAGGAGUAGAAGCUGAGGGUCUGAGCCGGUGUGAGAGGGAUCUGAGAAUAUGGAGAGACUGUGUUUAUUCCCCGGGUUACUCCAGUGGCUGCUGCUUCCACUGUUUCUACUACUGUUGUCCGGCUGUGAGGGGAGAGAGUCGGAGCUGGAUUAUGUGACCUGCGGUUCGCUGGUCAAACUGCUCAACACCCGACACAACGUCCGCCUGCAUUCACACGAUGUCAAAUACGGCUCAGGUAGUGGACAGCAGUCUGUAACCGGAGUGGAGAGCGCUGAUGAUGCCAACAGUUACUGGCAGAUCCGUGGGAAGCCAGCACAUCCAUGUCAGCGUGGGUCAGCCAUCAAAUGUGGUCAGGCCAUCCGAAUCACACACAUGAAGACCAGCCGGAAUCUUCACACACACCACUUCAGCUCCCCCCUGUCUAAUAACCAGGAGGUCAGUGCCUUUGGAGAGAAUGGAGAGGGUGAUGAUCUGGAUGUGUGGACGGUACAGUGUGAGGGAGUCUACUGGGAGCGUGAUGAGGCUGUGCGCUUCAAACACACAGGCACAGAGGUCUUCCUCAGCGUUACAGGGGAGCAGUACGGCCACCCCAUUCGAGGCCAGCGCGAGGUACACGGCAUGAGCUCCCCCAACCAGCACAACUGGUGGCGCACCACGGAAGGUGUGUUUAUUCAGCCCAGCCAGGAGCCGCUGCGGCACGAUGAACUCUGACACAUCAGCUCCGUGAUAAAAUUAUUUUGGACAUGCUUUCUUGUUUUGUGGUGCUUUUACAGCUCGCCUGUGCCAGAUGUGCUGUGUGGACGAUGUAGAUAAUGACUUUUUAUGUGACAUGGGGGACUAUGUUUAUUGAAUCUGUACACACUGUAGUACCAAUGUAUUGAGUUUUUAGAGAAAACACAGAAUACAGACAAAUUUGAAUUACCCAAUCAGCAUAUAAUCUGCUCUGAAUUUCCACAUAUGAUCCCUGUAUCCCAUUAGGUUUGUUUAGAAAUAAAUCCAGCAACACUGGUUAGCCUAAUAUGAGACUGUGUUUAAAUAUAAAACUUGUUUUGGUUAAUUUCUGCAAUAACACACUUUGGGGAGGGGGGCUGAUGAAAGCACUAAUGCUGUUUAUAUUCCCAGUAAAACUGUCUGACAUACUUUGAUAUGUUCUGGUAAUAGUUCUGUAUGUGCAGGUCAGGUAUGUCAUAGGGCAGCUAGCCACUCUACAUUUUGGUGGUUAUAACCAGGGUUUCAGAGGGUUUUAAAGUCUUAAAUAAAAAAAAAAUACAUUUAAGCCCUUAAACAGUCUUAAAUAAAUAGAAUUAUCAUGUUCAAGUCUAACUUUUUUUAAUAGGUCUUAAAUUUCUUUCGCCCAUUUAACAUUACCUCAUAUGCACAAUAAAAUACUCCUGCGACUCUUAA